CUACAGUGAAAUGGAUGGACACAGUCAGUAGAGCUGCUGGAGGAGAAGAGAGGCUGACGAUCAGGAGAAAAACUAAAAUCAAGAAGAAUGCAGAUAGUGAUCAGGAAGUUUAAGCCCUCGGACUAUGAGGCUGUUAGAGCCAUAUUUCGAGAUGGACUCCAGGAGCACAUCAAUCCGUCCUUCAUUUUUGCCGUUUCCCAGCUGUUCCACAUCACUCUGACGCUGUGCUGCUGUGCUGUGGGCUACUGGCUGGGUGGAGAGUCAGUGGGCGUGGCUCUGCUGGCUGGAUGCUGCUGGAUAGGCCUGGUGUACGUCUGCUGCUAUGAAUUCUACAGUCGUUACGUCCGAAUGAGGCUCCGCACGGACAUGCAGGACAUCACCGCUUCCUACCUCAGCCAUCCAGAUAACUGCUUCUGGGUGGCUGAAGCUGAGGUGAAUGGACGGCCUCAGGUGGUUGGUAUGGUGGCUGUGGAGGCUAAAAAGCACCCAGAAAGUGGGCAAAAGUAUGCAGAACUCUUCCGAAUGAUUGUGUCGCCUGCAGCUCGUCGCACUGGCCUCGGCUCGAGACUGGGUCAGACAGCUGAGAACUUCUGUAAGGAGCGAGGACUGUCCAGAAUAGUGCUCAACACGACCUCCACACAGACAGCAGCUCUGGCUCUGUAUAAGAAGAUGGGUUAUCGGCUCAUCCAGAAACAUGAAGAUGCUGAAAGUCCUUGGUGGGUCGUCAGACUGACCAGAGCUAAAGUUCAUAAGAUGGAGAAAAUCUUGGGCCCCAAUUUAAUACAAUAAGUGUCUCUAAUAGACCAUUGAAGUCGUGUCGUCAUUUUGUGGUCGGCGCCAUGUUGUUAAUGCCCAUAUUUGGGGUUCCGUGUCUAAGCGGUUUAAGUGA